AUGCUAGUGUCUAGUUAUGCCAUACCGUCAAGAUUAGGCACGAGAAGCCUACUCCGCAGAUCAUUCUUUAACAUUUCAUCAACGGCAUCGGCUAACGACGAGCAGCACUACAUAUUACGCAGGAAGAUAAGAGGCACUCCACAAGAGGUAUAUGAGGUAGUAUCUGAGGUUUCUAAGUACCACGAGUUCAUUCCAUAUUGUGUAGAGUCCUUUGUUAAUGCCCGUGAUGAAAUGAAGCGUCCAAUUGAGGCCGGUCUGCGGGUGGGAUUUAGGCAGUACGAUGAAAAGUUCAUUUGCAAAGUAGAGUGUAAAGACAUAUCAACUUUAGUGAAGACUGUUUCUGCAGAGUCGCUGAGCCAUAACUUAUUCCACGUUUUGAAUUCCAAAUGGACUAUCAAGGCUCAUCCUGGUCGUACCGAUUAUACUGAAGUGGAAUUACUUUUAAGGUAUCAGUUCAAGUCAAAACUAUAUUCCAGUGUAGCAUCAUUGUUCGCAAAAAGUGUCACUGAGUUGAUACUGAAGGCAUUUGAUAGAAGAGUAUAUCAAUUGAAAAGAGACAACUCCAUGAGCAUUAAAAAUACGAAAUAA